AUGCCUAGCAUGUGGCUUUCUGAGCACCAGAAAUUUGGAGUAAUCUUCUGCUGUGCUGGUGGCUUAUUCCUCUUCGGCGGUGUCCUUAUGUUUUUUGACCGAUCAUUAUUGGCUAUGGGCAACAUCCUCUUCCUUAUCGGUCUCACCCUGAUCAUCGGCGCCCAGAAGACACUAGUCUUCUUCUCUCGUCCCCAGAAACUCAAGGGAACUGCCGCCUUUGCCGCUGGAAUCCUCCUCAUCCUUUUCCGCUGGCCACUGACUGGCUUCCUGAUCGAGUUAUACGGCAUCUUCAUUCUCUUCGGUGAUUUCCUCAUUACGAUUGGUCAAUUCGCCGGAAACGUCCCUGUCGUUGGUCCUUAUAUUCAACGUGGACUGGAGGCUCUGGCUGGUGGACGCAGCAAUGCUGAGUUGCCUGUAUAA